AUGCCAGCAGCAGGUUUGUUAGGAAUUUGCUCUCAGUGGUUGCUCAGAGCAGCAUGGAGGGUACAGGCUGCCACUUCUCUCUUCUGGAGCUCCAGCAUGUCCUGAGCCAUGGGCCCUCUGGCAGUGGAGAAAUGGUCCUGGGCACCAGAGGGCCCCUUAGAAGAAGACCUGGAAAAAGAUGUCAGGUUUUAUGAGAAGAACCCAGACUCCCAUGAUUUUGAUGGCCCCGUCAGAGACCUCUGGAACAUGAGAGUUGUGUUCUUCUUUGGCAUCUCUGUGGCCAUUGUCCUGAGUUCUACCUUUCUGGCCUCUCUCCCUGACUACAAGAUGAAGGAGUGGGCUCAGAGGGAGGCAGAGCUACAGAUGAAGCUAAGGGAGGCCCAGAGUCUUCCCCUUAUGAAUUCCAACUAUUUUGAUCCCAGCAAAAUUAUUUUACCUGAUGAUGAGGACUGGUAA